GCUUGCGGCGUUGAUCAAGGCUUCAGAAGUUCAGAUCUCUCAAGACCGAUACCGGCAUCUCUUAUUGAGCAACUUUUCGAAAGAACUGUUACGUCUCUCAGUGGUAUCCUGCAUUCAACUCCCUAAGUCUCACCCCAUGAGUAAUGAUUAAUGUCAAGCGAAGCCAUUACGAAAAACGAGAAGCUCCUUCGUAUUCUUCGCGAGCACCUUUCCCAAGGUGAACAUUUCGACGUGUACAAGCAGGCAACAGAGAAACUUGUUACAUGGCUGGGCAACCGCAAAGCGUACUACGCAGAUGUUAGGCCCAAGAUUGUAGAUCUCAUUCAAGUCGCACAGUUGACCCUUCGUCGCAUGUGCGGGAUCGACAAUUCACGAACCUUCCACAUCUCUCAAUGUCCUGCUACGUUGCAGGGGUUCGUCAACUGCUACGUAGCUUUAGUUUGUGCGAUCGCUCCUUUUGUGGAUUUGUUUCCGGAACCACCUUUGAGAACACGGCUCCAAGCGCUGCUCAAAACAAUUGAAAACAAAGCUCCACCCGCCGUCAUACAGUCCGAUGUUGAUCUUAGCACUGCAGCCGGAGUGGAUGAUCGCGUGGCGCUCACAAACUCAAGCAUACCUCAGAUGACUCAGUCAUUGUUGCGCAGACCUAGCUCCAGUGGUUCCUUAGUCGGUCCUGUGUCGCGCUCGGAAUCUCCAGAUAUACCUUUGGCUCAGCAUAGCGGUGCAUCCAUCGCGAACAUACCCCAUCAGACCUCAUUACAACGUCCAUUGUCGGCUGGUGGCAAACCUUCAAAUCGGAGAUUUGAGUCACCCUCUGUCGCAUCGUCAACCCCAACAGGACCUUCUACGUCUCGGUUGGAUGGAGUGUCGCACGUCACCAGCGAGAGCAUAUCGCAAACUAACACAUGGCGAAAACGUCCGUUACCGCCAUCACCUAUUGUUGUUCCCUCCACAUAUUCUCCCGCUGUACCGUCACCAUCGAAUUUGCUGCAUGAAGGCCCGUAUCCUACGCCCGUUACUGCAACAAGCAUUCCACCCAACUUCAUACCGAUGCCGAUGAUCAAUCCGCUUCCGAUUGGAUUGCCUUCUCCUUUGACCCCCACUGUUGCAUCCCCAACAUUAUCUGCUUCACCCGUGGCAUCGACAUCGGCCGCUCAAACGACAGAGAUGUCUAUCUCUGCACCACCGAAUGUUGGUGCCGUGCCUUCCAAGAAGCGAAAGGUCACUUCUAGGAAGACAUCAUUCUUAGACCUGGAUAUACAAGAUUGGCUCAAGAAACGAGAGACACAGAAGCAAGAUAGUCAUCCUGAACGGGACAAGGUGGACGACGGCGUUUCGGCGACACGCGAAGCUACUGUACCGGUUAAGACCGAAGGAGCUGCGGGUGCCGAGGGCUCUACGAUAGCUGUUCCAUCGAUUCCGAAGGAAGUUACAGAUGUUCCCACAGAGCCGAAUCUAUGUGCACGGAGUGUUACUUCUCAAAUUACACACGAUGAAGCUCCCGCUCGGGAUUCAUCAAAUGCUGCAGUACACCGUACGAGCGCCGUAGAUGCAUCCAUGGCUGAUACUAGUUUUGAUGAAGACGAGGUGGAUGCAUUCUUGCAAAACGAACUUUCACCCUCACCUCGAUCGCAGAAACUCGACCUACCAUCGACCACUGACUCGCGUGACCGUUCGGCGGCCACCUCAACUAAUGUUACCCCCGCGCCCGUGUCCAGACCAACUCUUCCACAAUUACAAACACCAUCAGAAAGUCCAGCUGAUUCCGACGUCGAUAUGCUUGAUUCUGAGAGUACCGAAGUCAGAUCACCUUCUCUUAUCGUGAAGGAACUUCCGACUGUGCUGCCUGGUUGUGACUCUACCAAUGACGAUGCUGCUAUAUUUGUUCGGGAGGGCGUCACUCCGGGGCCACACAUUCAGAAUGACGCUGAUACUUCCAAGGAUACCGAGACAUCCAAGCUCGAACCAUCCGCCUCCGAAAGAAAGAAGUCGGACGUGACUGUUGAUGCUUCAGGGUCCUCGUCGGAUUUGCCAGCUACACCUGGGGUUAACGUAGCAUCGUCAAGUCAGAGUUCGUCCUCAGGCGAACUCCUCAUUGGUCAUACAGAAAGUACUGUGCAGGACAAGGCUGCUGUGUCUGUCAGAAACGCGGACGUCGCAGAGACAAGCGACGAUCUAGGCACCUUAAAUACUACGUCGGAUCCAACGCCGGAAGACGCUUCUCUGGUCCAAUUAGAUCAGGAUCGUACAGAGAUCGGCAGUUUUUCUCAAGGGCCUCAGCCAGUCCCAGUCGUUCCUGAGGCUGAGAGAAUGUCUGUGCGUAGGACCUUUGAACACACUGGCUUGUCUGAGGAUCGAGGUCAUACAUCGUUACAAGCAGAUGAGAUGAAUUCCCAUGCAGCUUUUAUCGCGGAAGGGGCAUCUACACGUGCUGUCAGCGAGCCAGACGCUCCAUCUAGACACGUUACACCCAUCAUAGCAAAGCCUAUGACACCAGUGUCACUUAGGCCUACAGCACCAAGUGGUGUUCCUUCAUUGCCUACACCUUCUUCUCUGCCGCUUGAGAAUUCGCCUCAUGCUCAGCCGAACGAGAAAUCUGCUGCUCCCUUUAACCUGCCCCUCUCAGAGGAAGGCGAACUUGCCCCCCCUUCGAACCGCAUACCAGUAGAAGGCCCUGAAGAAGGAGAAAUACAGGCAUCGCCUUCGCAUCCCUCCGUCGAUCUCAAUGUUCUCCCUUCGACUGUUACUUCUCUUCCGGAAAAGCCUGUCACUGUCUCCCUGCACCUACCAAGUCAACCUCCGAAGAGCAGUUUGGGCUCGCACGACGGGAAUAUACCCCAAGCGACUACCACGACCACGAAGACUUGUUUCAUGUCUGUUUUAGGACUGAUGGCGGGAUCGGGUAUACCUCAAAGACACUCACUGGAAUUCACUCUUACCGAAGAGCAGUUAGACGCUUUGAAACGAUGGAAUGAGAGAUACACCGCCUCUGAUGAUAUGUCCUCUAGCUUAUGCCUGUCUUUAGCCACGUACUCUUUCCCUCGAUGCUUGACGACGUUGCAUGAGGAUUCUACAGCCCCUUAUGGCACUGUCCUGAAAGGUGAUCCUCUUCCUUGGCAGACCAGAUACCAGGUUCAAGCGAGGAUCAACGAAGAACCGUGGUUGGGCUUGUAUCCACCUUUCUGUGUAAGCAUGCCACUCUUUCGACGUCUUCAUAUUUAUCAUAAAAGUUGCAGGAGACGAAGGAUCAUCUCGUGGAUUACUCAAAGAAAGUUGCGUCGGGAAAGAACAGCUUUGAGCUCUACUUUUCCGGCGAUUUUGAGGAUCGGGUCUUCGUCCUUCAUCUUCAUACGCCGAGUGCCGCGCAGCUUGCCGAACUGCAGGAACGACGUGAGAAGGAUGUGCAAUGGCAACAGUUCUUGAAGAGUGUAACUCGCUUCCAGAUGCCACCCUUGCUGUGGCCUGAUGAUGUAGCUAAUACUACCACCUCCCAUGCACAGUAAUUCUUGGUUAUUCUCGCUACUUGUUUCUUUUCUUGUCGCAGUUGUUUUGCAUGCUCUCUUCGCUAUGUUCGCUUUGCCCAUCAUAUGAUAGAUAUGCGCAUUUGUGUCGAAUAAUUACAGUGUACAUUAUAGCCUACGCCGAUCUCUGACACUACGUUUGCAAUUCAACGAGUGAUCCACCGUUGAAUAC